GCUUCAUGGAGGAGUUUGUCGUAGACGGUCAGAGGGUUGAUUGUGGGCAGUUUAAACCGGGAACAUUCGAGAAACUGGCUUUGAAGAUGCUGGAGGCUUUCCCGGGUUGCAUUGACCACAAAGCACUGCAAGAAUAAGCAUAAGCGGUUGAAGCAGAAGUACCAGUACAUCGCUGACAUGCUAGCUUGUAGCGGAUUCGGCUGGAACCAUGACAAACAAUGUGUCGAGGUUGACAGCAAAGAUGUCCUUGAUGCAUGGUUGAAGGCACAUCCGACCAAGUUCUACAGUCCUGGCAAGCCAUUUCCUUUAUUUCACCGGCUGGAGGGCAUAUUUGGCAGGGAUAGAGCCACGGGAGCAGGGGCCGUUAGUGGCUUUGAUGCGGAGGAACAGGUUAACGAAGAGACAGAGGACACUGCAGUUGAAUUUGAUGAGUCUGAGAUGUCUCCACAUCCAGACAACGACGGAGGGCCAGCAAUGCAAGGACAAGCAUCACAUUCUGAGGCCGGUGCGAGUGCGGGAAGCACAAGGAGAUAUGGGAGGAAGAGAAAACAAGUUGACGUACUCGAGAGGAUGGCCGAUCAGAUUCAGCAAUCAUCGGCUGACCAAAGAAAGAAUGCCCAACUGAUAGCUGAUGCCAUUGUUGGUGUGAACGAGAGGUGGAAGGUUGGCGAGAAGCUCACACAGCUUGGAUUCGGUGAUGACGAGGUGGUGAGGGCGAUUUUGAAGUUUUCUGAGAGUCCUAAUGUGUAUGCACACUUCUGGGGCUUGUCAGAUUCACAGAUGAUUGGCCUUGUGCGUUCCAUUAUAUGA